UCGUCACCAGAGUUUGGACAACAGAAAGAUGGUGAGCACAUUUGACGGUACUUAAAUACACGAAUUGACUUGAAGUUAGCUUCACUUUUUUCAUGCAUACGCAUGCUUGAUAUCCAGCUAUUUCUGAUAGUAGCUCAAAUUGUGAAAAAGAAGCUUAGACGAUGCAGCUGGACUUGUGAGAAGGGAUGGGGCUCUCCUUUCAAGGCUUAGUUAUACAGCGUGAAAAUCAUAGAUUUCUAACUAAUGCUUUUUUUCUUUUAUCAUCAGGAGUGGAAAGUGUACCUCCUUUUCUUUGCCUUGUUCGUGGCUGCCACAUUUGCAGCGCCCACUUGUAAAUGCCAAGAUGAAGAUAAGGUAAAAGUAAAAAUACUCAUUAGUGUUAUCAUAUAUCAAUCUGCAGUUUUGCAGUCUUUCAUCGUCAGUGUACUUUUAGCCAUCAAUCUUUAACUGUGAUACAAGGUUUCCGGAGACUUAGUUGUUCCCGCACAAUGCUGGAAGAAUUUUUUUAUUUGUGCAGUUCAUAGCUGUAAUUUGUGCCGAUACAGAGCCGUUAAACGCGUUUAGUCCAUGUUUCUUUAAUUAAUUUGUAGAAACAUCAGGUUCGCUGUUAAAGUCCACGUGAAUGAGACCAGAACAAUACAAACAUAAACGUAAAUAUUAUAUAAUAUUUUGUUCCACAGGAAACUUUGUCCAAAUACAAAGUUAAAGCCAAAGAUGGUGACGAAGAGUAUGAACAAGAAGUCAAAAUCGACACCGAGAAACAGACGGAAACUUAUCACAUUCCAAAAACGAAAUCAUCCAGCGCAGGAGAAGUGGACGAAGUCUAUGACUUUAAAAGAGUAAGUAAAUUAGCAUAGCAAAGUAAAUAAGCAUAGCAAAGGCAGCACUCCUCUCCAUUCUCCUCGGUUAUUUUUAAGACACUGAGUGUUGGUCGAGGACUUGAACCCUUGACCUCCCACACGGCAGUAAGGCGCCCUACAAUUAGAAAGAGCUAACCGAGAGCGGUUUAAAAUUUAAGAUUUUUAAAUGGAUAUUUUACUAUUUAAAAUUCAUAGUUACUGUUUACUCAUUUACUUGCUGAUGUUUUUCGUACAGAACUUGGUUAUGCGCCGAAUGCCUGAACACAAAGCCUGUUUCUUGAGUGAAUCCACUGAAAACGCUCCAAAGCCUCAAGACCUCAAAAAUGCACUUGACAAGGUAACUUUCCUUUCUUAGUUCGCGAGCAACGAUCGAUGCUCUAACUUUACACUGAAGUUCACGAUAAAGCCAUCGUCUUUUGAUGCAUUUCUGUUUCCUUGAAUUAUCGUUUACAGUAAAGUGUCAGUUUUAAAGAUGGUAUGUGUUCAGAAGGCGAUUUUUUUGGCUUUUCUCUAAUUAAAUGUCAUAACUGACAUAUUCAUGGUCGAAAUGAUUAUCGACCUUCUUCCGGCUCAGGCUAAUCAAUAAGCUCUAAUAUAAAAACAAUGUCUUUUCAUACUGUCAUAUCCCAGUUUUGACUUCUUGUAGUGCUCGUGGACAAUAAAUCAGUCAUCAAAACAACUGAGGGCUUCGAACAUGAUCUUAACUCCAUUAUCUCCUGAGAUCUUAAGCAAGAUUAUAAUUAUGGAAUGAGUAAAAUUAAAAUUUGAUGGGAAGCAACUCAUUUCUUCUCUGAAUCGCUUUUUCAGCAAAGCGCAUCAGGUUCUUCACAAUCUGCUAAUACUACUGAAGACGAUUACGAAGUUGUUGGCACUGUGAAUGAUCGUUCCACUCUGAGUGAUGAAAUGGCUGCAAUGUGUGCCAAAUUUCCCAUUUAUCGCAUCAAGAGGAAGCAGGUCACUAUGAGUGUGGAAAAAGAAAACAUCCAAGGUAUUUGUUAGCUUUUGUUUAGAGUUCUUUUUAAUCGCUUUAAGUGGGACCGCUAAGGAGUUAAUUCCCAAAGAGUUAAUUAUAAGUCGAGUUAAUUAUAAAUUUUCACUCUCAUUUUCCAGGUGGUAAAGACAGGGUUAAGAGAGACCUCUGCAUCUACUGCUAUUGGUAUAUCCAACGUUACGUACUAGUACAAACAUCUAAUGGUUACUAUUAUUGCCCGAUUUGGCGUAGGGUAUGCAUUUUCGUAACUUGCAGCUACUGAACGAAGGCUAAUAGUCGUUUAAUGAGACAACCUCCUGAUCCAAAAACCUCAGCCAAGAAAUGAAAAUAUAUGCGUUUUUUUUCUAAUUACAUAUUGAUUUCAUGUUACAAAAUGUGCUUAAAA